GGUUAAUGCUUCCGUAGAAGCAAAUGUCACUAGUAAUGAAGAAGGUAGCUGACUAGAGGAGCCUAUCAAAAGAAGGAAGAAAAUUGAAAUUCCUGAACUCCAAAGUCGACAAAACUUGUCAGAUUGUUAACCUAUGAGAAUUGCCAUGAAGGAGUUCUUUACUGUUUUUCAGAAUACUCGUCUCGUUAAAACACCAAAAUAGAAAGAGAACCAAAAGAAAAAAAAAAUCAAACUAAACUAGCUGCCGACGCCCGCCGGCUUGGGUUGACGAGUUUUGUCUGACUAUUUCCUUCUUCGGACAAUCAGACCUUUAAGCUGUUGACGUUUUCUGAAUUUUCUUUUCUUUCGUCUCAGUUUCUGCUCUUCUUUUCCUCCCCUCGUAUUGCUCUGGGAAAAACCCGCAUGCUUAUUGCUCUUCUUUUUCUUGCAUAAGUGCAUGCUCAUUGCUUUAGUUUCUGAUCAUUCCUUGUCCUUGAAUUAUAUACUAGUAUAGACUAUAAUUGUGUAAGGUCAUGUGGAAAUUGUAUGCCCUGUGUCAACUUGCGGUUUGAUUAUUGUCAACUUAUAAGCUCGGAAAAAUCUAAAGAAAUGGAUAAAAUUGCAGCAGCUCCAUCCCCAUACCCGUUUGUCAGUCAUAAAGUUCUCCAUCUGGUGAGGCAUGCACAAGGUGUCCACAAUCUAGAAUCAGAGAAGAGUCGUGAUCCACUAACAUCAUUUGAAUAUGUUGACGCUGAACUCUCCUCUCAGGGCUGGCAGCAGGUUUGUGAUCAGCGGAGAUAUGUUUGUGCAAGUGGACUGCUCGAGAGGAUUGAGGUCGUCAUCACUUCCCCUAUGUCAAGGACAUUACAAACAGCAGUUGGAAUUUUUCGUGGUGAAGGCCAACCAGUUGAUCGGUUCGAUGCUACUCCGUUUGAGGAGGAAAAUGUAAAGAAUGCUGAGACAUCGACUUUCAAUCGCCUACCAAUCAUAUCAUAUGAACUUUGUCGAGAACGUAUGGGAAAAAAUGAAUGUGACAAGAGAAGAUCCAUCAGCCUGUACCGUUCUCGUUUCCCUGAUGUUGAUUUUUCACUGAUUGAAAGUGAAGAUGACGUUUUGUGGACAGGAGAAAAAGAAUCCCAUGAGGCAGUUGUAGCUAGAGGAAUGAAGUUCAUCAAAUGGUUGUGGGGACGGAAGGAGAAGGAGAUAGCCGUGGUCAGCCAUGGUGUGUUUCUGCAGCAAGCAAUGACUGAACUUAUUAAAAGCAAUAAGUGUUACCCCUUAAUGAAAGGUGAUCCACUCAGCCGCUUUAAAAAUUGUGAAAUCCGAUCCGUAGCGCUUUUUUAUGAAAGCGUAAAGGGUUUGGGAUCAGAUUCCUUACCAACCACUACCCAUUGUGGACGAAUCCCUUACGGGCUUGAGCUCCCUAGAGAUUCUGCCAAGGAGAAUAUAUCAGUGGAGGAAGUGAGCAAUUGAUUUCCAGAUUGAACACUGACCGCUACAUCAUAGCUAGUGCUCUCCGAAGGAUUUUCCUUUCCAUAUACUGACCACUUGCCUUUCUUUCCUCGGAUACCAUAUCAUUUCCAAAAGAAUAAUUUAAAAAAAAAAAACCCUGUGAUAAGAUUGCUACGUCUGUAUAUAUAUAUAUAUCUGCAUCCUGCAUACAAAGGUAGCUAAGAACGCCAAGUCGGCUUAUUACUUUAUGUUUUGGUCGUUGUUAUCAAUUUUGUUAUGACCGAUUUGCCAUCGCUGUUGUUUGACUAUUGCCAAUUGCCAAAGGCGCACUUUUUUUCUUAUAUUUUUUAACUUUAAAUAAGGAAAGGCCCUUCUUAA